UGUUGCGGCUUGUCCAGCAUCGCAUUUUAUUCUUAUUUCGUUUUUGAAGUAAACCAGUGUUGUAAAUUUUAAUUAGUUAAUUAUAUCUAUAUUAUUACGCUCAAUCACCUCCAUUUACCUGCUUCAUGUAGUUCACAAGUGCUCCUAUUAGUAUUAGUAUUUCAUCAAGAAGAAGAAUAAAUAAGAAUGCCACCAACAAUACAAAAUUCUAUCGAGAAGCGACCUUCUCGAUCAAUUGGAGGGAGCGGUAGUACUGAGAGAAGGUCAGAACUGGUGACAAGAGUCAAAUAUGGCAAUACUCUUCCGGACCUUCCCUUUGACCCUAAAUUUAUCUCGUAUCCCUUCAGCAGCAAUCGUUUCGUGGAGUAUUCGACAACCUCUUUAGAGAAAAACUUUAAAUACGACGUACUUUCAGAGAUUGAUCUUGGUGUAGAUGUAGAAUUGGUAAUUCCCAGCUUUUACGACCCACCAAAGAACGCAAACCUGACUCUCGACCACAAAGACGAAAAAUUACUCGAGGAUGACAACUUGUUUCACAAGGACAAAAAGAGGAGUAGACAUCACGCCAAAAGUGUUUCCUGGUUGAGACGAACGGAAUAUAUUUCAACGGAACAAACUAGAUUUCAACCUCAAACCAUCGAUAAGGUGGAAGCUAAAGUCGGGUACUCCAUUAAGAAGAGUUUGAAAGAUGACGUGCACUACAUGGAUAGGGAUUCCCAGAUUAAAAAUAUCGAAAAAACAUUUGAGGACGCAGUUCAGCCAAUUGAUUUGCAUUUUGCUAAACCUGGCGUGGAACCUAUCGAAAUACUUCCCGUCUUUCCCGACUUUUCACUCUGGAAAUAUCCUUGUGCUCAGGUUAUUUUCGAUUCUGAUCCUGCGCCAGUAACCAUGCAAGAUCGCCCAUUAGCUUCUCAGAUUGAGGAAAUGUCGCAAGCAAUGAUUAGAGGUGUGAUGGACGAAAGUGGAGAACAAUUUGUUGCAUACUUUCUCCCAACGGAGGACACCCUUCAAAAGAGGAAAAAGGACCAAGAAACAGGCGUGGAGUACGAGGAUGAGGAAGUUUACGAGUAUAGGAUGGCGAGAGAAUAUAAUUGGAACGUAAAAACAAAAGCAACCAAAGGUUACGAAGAGACAUACUUUUUUGUAAUGAGAGAUAACGGAAUAUUUUACAAUGAGUUGGAGACAAGAGUGCGGUUGAACAAGCGUCGAACACGUGGACCUAACCAACAACUCAAUACAAGACUCUGCGUAAAGCACGUCCCGCUGACCGCAUCCGAUUACAAAUUCCAGAGGAAUAGGGAGAGGCAGCUUGAACCCAUGCAGGAGGAGGAAGAAGAAGAAGAGAAGUCGGAUGAUGAAAAGUCGGUGAAGUCAGAUGACGAUAUGGAUGGUGGUGGGGAGAAGAAAAUAGAUCCCAAGAAGGAGGAAGAUAAGAAGGCUUCAAAACCAAAAGACGACAACGGUGGGUCUGACAUUAGCUCUGAAUCUGACUCGGAUGCAGGAUCACGUCGGUCAAGAUCGCGAUCUCCAUCCCCAGCAAAGAAGACUAAAAAUGUCGGUAGUGACGAUGACAAAGCAUCAAGAUCAUCGAGAUCUGGUUCUGAGAAAGGUUCUCCAAAGAGAAGAUCCUCACGUUCUGACUCUGGGUCCGGAUCAUCUAGCAGAAGUUCCUCAGAUUCAGACUAAUUAUUCAGUUAGCAGAGUUUUAUUUUUAGGUUAAGCAGUUUUGUUUAUAUUGUCAACUUUGAUAGUACUGAUGCAAAAUUAAAAUAUAAGUAAUAAAUUCACAUAACUAUA